AUGGGGGACAAGGUUAAGAUUCUCGCCUUCGGCGACGUGAACGGCAACUUCGACAAGCUGUUCAACACCGUCGAGCGGCUGAACGAGCGCGCGGGGCCCUUCUCUGCUUGCCUCUGCUCAGGUCGGUUCUUCCAUCCCGACGGUUCAGGGAACGAUGAGCUCUUACCCUACCUCCAAGGUCGAUUGAAGGUCGCCGUGCCCACCUACUUCAUCGUCGGCGGCGAGGACGCCAACCCGGUGGACGGACUACCCGCCGACGGCGGCGACCUGUGUAAAAACCUCACGUUCCUCGGCCGAGCGGGCUGCCGACGCCUUCCGAACGGCUUGAAGGUCGCCUACCUGUCGGGAGCGUACGAUUCGAGGAGAUUCGACGAGAGCGGAGUGUUCCACCGGGGAGGAAGCUCGUUCAAGCCGUUCUACCUGCGCGAGGACGUCCAGCGCGUGGUGGACGCCGCGCGUACCGGCGAGGAGGAGGAACUCGCGGGCGUGGACGUCUUGAUGACCGCGGAGUGGGGCGAGAAGUUCGACACCCUGCUCCCCGAGGACCAACCGGCGCCGCUCGCCGCCCGCGCGGUCAACACCCUCUCCCCCGCGGUCACCACGCUCGCUUCGUCGGUGCCCGCGAGGUACCACCUCGCGGGCACCGAGGGCGUGCACCUGCAGCUGCCGCCCUACAGGAACGGGCUGCACGCCACGCGGUUCUACGGCCUCGGCGCGGUGGACGGAAAUUUGGGGCAGAAAUUUGUCGUCGCGCUGGCGGUGACGCCGACGGUCCAGCUCGCGCUCGCCGCGGCGAGGGACGGAGUCGAGGAGGGCGCGGACGCGACGCCGUGCCCUUACAUGUCCAAGCCGCGUCCGAAACCUUCGGCGCCGACGCCGGAGGUGGUUGGACCGGUGGCGAGGGACGACGUCGACGACGAGUGGUCGCGGGGCGAUCAUAAGGACUUGGAGGGCGGGGAAUGGCGGUGCGGCGAGUGCGGCAACGUCAACCGCGCGCAUCAGCGGGACAAGUGCAACAUGAAGCGAUGCGGCGCCCCUCGCGAGGGGUUGGAGCUGUGGAGGCUCGAGUCAAUGCACGGAUUCAACGCGAGGGGCGCGAAGCGAACGGCGGAUGGCGACAUCAUGUCGGGGUUCCAGGCUCCGAAAACGUACACCAUGAUGACUCGGGAGGAGGCGGAGGCGGAGGCGGCGAGGGCGGCGGAGGCGGCGCGAGAGGAGGCGGCGCGAGAGGAGGCGGCGAACAAGAAGCAGAAGAAAGGGGACGCCGAGAAAACCUCGCUGUACGCGUCCCAGAAGCCGAUGUCGCAGAAGGCGAAAUACAGGAAGGGGACUAGGAAUCCGCAGGCGUGGCGCUAA